CAGAAAGAGGAAGUGCAGUGAGCAUAUGUGUUCUGUCGCACAGCUGGACAGAGAUUGAGCGAUCACAAGGACGAAAGGAGAGUGUUUUCAUCCAGUCCAGGAUCCACAAAAGGAAAUAUGUCGUGCUUGAAGUGCCUAAAAUACACCAUGUGUGUGGUGAACUUCGUCUUCUUCCUCUGCGGAGCUGCCAUCUUUGGAUUGGGGAUCUACAUGAGCACCACGUCCAAGUACAUGUCCAUCUUCCCGUCCUUGCCAGUCGUGAACUUGGCCAGCGUGGUCUUCGUCAUCGGCAUAUUCGUCACCUGCGUGUCCUUCCUUGGUUUCCUGGGGGCUCUUAAGGAAAACCGCUGCCUGUUGAUUUCCUUUUUCAUUCUCUUGUUCCUGCUGAUGUUGGCCGAGCUGAUCGUGGCCUGCCUCCUGCUCUUGUACGAGAAGGAUAUUGACCAGUACAUCGAAAAGGACCUGAAGAACAGCAUGCAGCAAGUCAGGACUAAAAAUGAAAGCACCACCAUUGACUGGAACAUCAUUCAGAAGACUUUCAAGUGCUGUGGCAUAAACAGCUCAGCGGACUGGGAAUCCUCUGUGCCCACUUCAUGUUGCCAAUCAACACCAUGUCAAGCCAAAUACUGGAAAGAGGGCUGCUAUGUGAAACUGAAGAACUGGUUUGAAAGCAAUCUUCUAGGAACUGGGAUCACAGUCAUCAUCAUCUGCAGCAUUGAGGUUUUGGGUAUGUGCUUCUCCAUGACACUGUUUUGCCACAUCAGCAAAACUGGACUUGGCUACAAGUGAACAGCCGUGUCAGUUUUCCCACAAUGCAGAAGAGAGAGCCAGUCAGAAGAUCGGAAGAGAGUGGACAAGAAAGCUUGGCUUCCAUUUAUACUAUUAUACUUUCAUAAUUUCAUCAUUAAACUUCGUGACACUCGUCUAGAUUACUGUUCUGACAUAUACAACAUGAACGUGAUACAUGUUGAUGCCUAUAGAUGUUUUUUUUUGUCAAAUAAAGAUCGCAUUUUCGUAAAUGUGUAUGUACAGAAAAUGCACAUGUGGCUGGAUACAUGGUAAACUGUAGCGAUAAGAUGUUGCCUUUCAUCUUUAACAGAGUGCAAUAACAGGCUGGACCACACUUUUUUUGUUUUGUUUUUUUAAUAAAAUGCCAUUGAGCUUUUAAGUGAA